AUGGUACUUCACUUUUAUGGAGGUGCGGCAUUUCCAAAGUCCAUUACUCACGCUAACUUGGUACUGCUGCCAAUGAAGCCAAGGGUUCAGACAUUCUUAGACCUAAGACCUAUAGGUUUGAGUAACUUCAUCAAAAAGGUGUUGUAUAGGGUGCUACAUGAUAGGUUGGAAAAGUUCAUGCAUUCUCUUAUCUCACCUAAUCAGUCUGGCUUUGUGAAGGGGAGGAGAAUCUUUGAGUGCAUCCUUCUUACACAGGAAAUUGUCACUGGCAUAAGGAUAAGAGGUAAGCCUACUAAUGUAGUGAUUAAUCUUGAUAUGACAAAGGCUUAUGAUAGGUCUUCAGGUUAUUUCAAGUCUACAAGGGGAGUGAAACAAGGAGAUUCAUUGUCUCCUGCCUUCUUAAUUUUGUCAGCUGAGGUAAUAUCUAGUUCUUUGAACAAGCGAUUAGAAGAAAACUCAUUUGUUGAAUUUGGUAUGCCCAAGUGGUCUGAUCCUUUGAACCACUUGGCAUAUGUUGAUGAUGCCAUCACAUUUGCUUCAGCUCACUCUAAUUAUUUGAGAAAGAUCAUGGAAGUUCUUGGUAGAUAUGAGAAGGUAUCAGGACAUUUGAUCAACAAAACCAAGAGUUCUUACUACAUGCAUGCCAAUGGUGCACAUGUAUUGUUUCAGGCAGUUGGUGAUAUUACAGAUUUUGCUAGAGGAGAGUUUCCUUUCACAUACUUCGGGUGCCCUAUCUUCUACACUAGAAUAAGGAAGGACUACUAUGAUGAUCUUGUUAAGACGGUGAAGGCUAAGCUACAUUCUUGGAAAGGAAAAAAAUUAUCAUUUGGAGGGAAGGAAACACUCAUCACUAGUGUGUUGCAAAGCAUGCCAGUGCAUCUCUUAUCAGUUCUUGAUCCUCCUGACAAUAUACUUGAGCACUUACAUAAGAUCUUUGCACUUUUCUUUUGGAGCACCAAGAAAGAAGGUAAGAGUAGGCAUUGGUCUUCUUGGCAGAACUUAUGUCUCCCUAAAGAAGAUGGAGGUUUAGGCUUCAGAUCUCUACAUGAUAUAUCAAGGGCCCUAUUUGCUAAACUUUGGUGGAGGUUUAGGACUACUAAAUCUUUGUGGUCUAACUUUAUGUGGAACAAGUAUUGCAAAAAGGAGUUGCCCACAGUAGUGCAAUUUGGAGAAGGUUCUCAUGUGUGGAGGCAGAUGUUGAAUGCUAGAGAAGAAGUGGAACAUGAGAUUUUGUGGGAAAUGAAGACUGGACUAGAUUAG